UGGCGUCUUGAUGUGCUUCUAUAUAUAUACAUUUCUAACUUACAGGGUCAGCAUGACGAAUUAGAGGCAAAGUUUUUGGAGGAAAGAGCAGCUCUUGAAGCCAAAUAUCAAAAGUUAUAUCAACCUCUAUAUGCAAAGCGAUAUGAUAUUGUGAAUGGCGUUGUUGAGGUGGAAGGAACUCCAAAUGAAUCAGAAAUGGACCAAGGAGAGGAUGCAGCAACUGAAGAAAAAGGUGUACCGGAUUUCUGGCUUAUCGCAAUGAAAAAUAAUGAAGUCCUUUCUGAUGAGAUUACUGAGCGUGAUGAAGGUGCACUCCAUUACCUCAAGGAUAUCAAGUGGUGCAGGAUUGAGAACCCCAAGGGUUUUAAGCUUGAAUUUUUCUUUGAUAACAAUCCAUAUUUCAAGAACUCUGUCUUGACAAAGACAUAUCACAUGAUUGAUGAGGACGAGCCAAUCCUUGAGAAGGCUAUAGGGACGGAGAUUGAGUGGUAUCCAGGAAAAUGUUUGACACAGAAGAUUCUUAAGAAAAAGCCUAAGAAGGGAUCAAAGAAUGCCAAGCCUAUCACCAAAACCGAAGACUGUGAAAGCUUUUUCAAUUUUUUCAGCCCACCGCAAGUUCCUGAUGAGGAUGAAGAUAUUGAUGAAGAGACUGCUGAGGAGCUGCAAAAUCAAAUGGAGCAAGAUUAUGACAUUGGGUCUACGAUUUCGAGACAAAAUUAUCCCUCAUGCUGUUUCAUGGUUUACUGGUGAGGCUAUUCAGGGCGAUGAACUUGAAAUAAAAGAUGAUGAUGAAGACGAGGAUAUUUGGUGAUGAUGAUGA